AUGGAGCGCCGGAGGUUCUCCCUCGACAGCUCAGUGUCCCUGGAGAAUGGUGGUGGAGGAGGUAGUCUGGGCCUUAGGAGAGGCAGCCGCAGUAAGAAGAGCAAAGAGAAGUGGAAGAGUCUAGAGGAGGCCCAGCUGGAGAUCCAGGAGCUGGGACACAGCCUGAACAGGAGCAAAUCUCUCAGGUCAGAGACCAUAGAGGAGGAGAGCUUCCACCGGCCUGAUGGCGCCGUUGCCAAAAAUAGUUUUGUGAAAUACAACAAAACCUUCCACAAACUCUUCCGAGACAUUCCUACAGAGGAGAAACUAACUCAUGUGUUCACCUGUGCCCUGCAGAAGGAGGUGUUGUAUCAUGGGAAGCUAUUUGUGUCUGUCAACUACGUAUGUUUUUACUCCUCCGUACUCCUCAAGGACACCAAGGUUGAGGUCCAUGUGUCCAGCGUAAAGGAAGUGAAGAAGCAGAACUCAGCCCUGUCUAUGCUCUCCAUCCGUACUACUGAUGGAAACAAGCUAUGGUAUUCGUUUGUGUCUUUGCGGAACCGGAGAGUGUGUUACGAAAUCCUGCAGUUUGUGUGUUCACAAGCACAGCUGGGGGAGCAGGUGGAGAGUGGCAACAGAAGUCCCCACUUCUCAGGAGAGAACAGCGUUGAUGGCGUGGAUCGGGACAUAGACACAAUCUCCAGCAAUUCCAGCCGGGAGGACAGUGUGGAGCGGAGCCUUCCUAUAGAGGCCGUCUACUCUGACCUGCCCAGCAGCGCUGACUCGUGGGUUUGGAUCGUCACUGAAAGGGUUAAAACCCUCCUCCUUAUCAGAGAUAUGCGCAACCUCAAUGUCCUCCUAUCCAUCUGUCUGUUUCUGGCGGUGUUGCUACUACUGUCGUCGGGGUACAUCGGUUUGCGGAUCGUAGCUCUGGAGGAGCAGCUGAGUUCUCUAGGAGCCCUGCCGGAGUUCUCCAUACACCUCAGAGAGUGA